UCAAACACAAAGAAGAAGAAGAAGAAGUAGUAAACAAAGCGUUGGGUGUAAAAAUCAGGCUUCCGUGUUCUUCUUCUUUCCACGUCCCGGGGAAGGAUGGCUCAUGGCGGGGUGGUUCUGGACAAAGACCAGUUCACCUGCUCGGUGUGUCUGGAGGUGCUGAAGGAGCCAGUGACCAUCCCAUGCGGCCAUAGUUACUGCUCGGACUGCAUCCGCAGCUACUGGGACCAAGACGACUACUUGGGGGUCUUCGUGUGUCCUCAAUGCCGGCAGACUUUCAACCCGCGGCCGGUGCUCGCCCGGAGCACCCUACUGGCCGACGUGGUGGAGAGGUUUAAGCAAAGCGGACUCCAGGAGGCCUCGGCGGGUCAAAGUCUGGCGGAGGCGGACGACGUGGAGUGCGACGUGUGCCCGGAGAGGAAGAACAAGGCGGUCAACUCGUGCCUGGUGUGUCUGGCCUCCUACUGCGACCUGCACGUCCGCCAGCACUACGAGUACGCCGCCUUGAAGAAGCACAAGCUGGUGAUGGCCUCCAAGAGGCUCCAGGAGAUGGUGUGUGCUCGCCACCACAAGCUGCUGGAAGUCUACUGCCGCACGGACAAGCAGUGCAUCUGCUCGCUGUGUCUCACCGACCAUCACAAAGGCCACGACGCCGUGACCGUGGACGUGGAAAUACAACAGCAACAAAGACAGCUUGGUGAGAUGAAGCUCAACUCUCAGCAGAGCAUCCAGCAGAGAGAGAAGGAGGCUCAGGAGCUGAGACAAAGCAUCUUUUCUCUGAAUCGCUCGGCCCGGCUGGCGACGGAGACGAGCGAGUGCGUCUUCACCGAGCUGAUCCGCUCCAUUGACUUGAAACGCUUCGAGAUACGCGAGCUGAUCACCGCCCAGGAGAAGCUGGUGGUCAGUCAGUGUGAGCAGCUGCUGGAGAAGAUACACAAGGACAUCACGGAGCAGAGGAGGGUCGAGGCUGAUCUAGACAAGCUUGCGCAAACCGAGGACCACCUGCACUUUCUCCAGAGUUUUCAAUCCCUGAAAGCCACACCUGCGUCCUCUCCUCUGCAAGCCGUGGCGCUCGCCCCCAACUUGACCUUUGACCCUGCUACAAAAGCUGUGUGCGAUUUCAAAGCGUUGCUGCAGGAAAUCUGCCAGGGAGGAUUCGUCAGCAUUUACGAGAAAGUGCGAGAUGUUGUCCUGGUGGGUUCCCCCGCCCCGCCAGCCCACACAGAAGUAACGCCCUUGCCCAUUGUCAAUCCUCCUAUUCAAAUGGGAGCGAUCGUGCACUCCUCACAUGGCCUGGACCAAAGCCCUGUGAGCCCCUUCAACUCUUCUCUUCAUCCUGAAGUUCCCAUUUUUGUCUUCUCACCUUUUGGCUCCAAACUGUCGUCAGGGUCCAGACAGAGAGGCUCUCAGCGCCGGCCCAGAAAGAAACACCACUUGAACUGACUUUCAAUACUACCUUUCUUCAACUCACACACACACACACACACACACACACACACACACACACAGAUACACGCACACACUUACUGUUACUUUAGCAGUACUUUUUAUUUGAAUUUUAAGUGUUCAUUUCAGUACUGAAUACUCCCUCAGUGCAGUAUUAGAAGCAGGACUCACUAUGCUUGCAUUUUAAAGGCCAUUUCAUUGCUUUUUAACUUCAAUCAAACUCAUGUAAAAUAUUGUGUUUGUACCUUUUUUAAAACAACUCAGAUGUAAGAGUGGCCGCCUCAGCAAAUUGAGGGUUCCAGGUUCAAUUCCAGCUUCUAGCUAGUCACACCGGUUGUGUCCUUGGACAAGACACUUGGUCCAGCUGGCUCCCAGUGCCACUCACACUGGUGUGAGGGUGAAUGUCAAUACAUGUGCGGUGCUGGUCGCAGGCCCAAAUGUAUCUUACCACCAUCCAGCCAUUGUGCAGUGAUGGCUUCUCAGUUUUCUGUCAAGCGCUUUGACUGUCGAGAAAAGCGCUCUAGAAAUGUAAUCCAUUAUUAUUAUUAUGCCUUUCUAUGUAUCUUCUACACACCAUGCACAUACAUUCAAACACUUUGCCAGUCCUUUUAAUUAGAAGCCUUUAGCACAGGGGGUCAAACUCAUUUUAGAUGGGGGGCAACAUGGAGAAAAAUGUACCGUAUUUUCCGCACCAUAAGCCGCCCUGGGUUAUAAGCCGCGCCUUCAAUGAACGGCAUAUUUCAAAACUUUGUCCACCUAUAAGCCGCCCCGUGUUAUAAGCCGCAUCUAACUGCGCUAAAGGAAUGUCAAAAAAACAGUCAGAUAGGUCAAUCAAACUUUAAUAAUAUAUUAAAAACCAGCGUGAUGUGGGCGCGCAUGGAGUCGUAUAUCAACAUGGACGGAGCUGCGUGAAAAAAGCCACCCGGCCUCUUUGCGUAAACUUACCUUAACCACUCGCUCAUCUUUUCUUCAUCCAUCCAUCCCUUCGAGUUAGCUUUUAUGAUGACGCCGGCUGGAAAGGUCUCUUUUGGCAAGGUCUUCCUUUUGAAUAUCACCAUGGGUGGAAGUUUCUGGCCAUUAGCAUGGCAAGCUAGAACCACAGUGAAGGAUGACUUCUCAUUCCCUGUGGUGCGAAUAUUCACCGUACGUGCUCCCGUUGUAUCCACAGUGCGGUUCACAGGAAUAUCAAAAGUCAGUGGAACCUCGUCCAUGUUGAUAAUGUUCUCUGGCCGGAUCUUUUUUUCAGCUAUCUUGUUUUUACAAUAUGCACGGAAAGUAGCCAGCUUUUCUUGAAAGUCCUUAGGCAGUUGCUGUGAAAUAGUAGUCCGUGUGCGGAUGGAGAGAUUGCGUCUUUUCAUGAACCGGAAACCUGUCGCUUAGUAGGAGCCAUUUUGUGGUCUUUACAGAUGUAAACACACAAAGGAAAUGAAACGUAAUAUCCGCGCACUUCUUCUUUUUCUACGGGGGCGGGUGGUUGCUUACAGUAGAGGAAGAAGCGCUUCCUGUUCUAUGGGGGCGGGUGCUUACCUUGGCGGUUGCUUGCGUAGAAGAAGAAGCACUUCCUCUUCUACGGGGAAAAAAGAUGGCGGCUGUUUACCGUAGUUGCGAGACCGAAACUUUAUGAAAAUGAAUCUUAAUAUUAAUCCAUAUAUAAAGCGCACCGGGUUAUAAGCCGCACUGUCAGCUUUUGAGUAAAUUUGUGGUUUUUAGGUGCGGCUAAUAGUGCGGAAAAUACGGUACUCCCAAGUGGGCCGGACUGGUAAAAUCACGGCACGAUAACUUAAAAAUAAAGACAAUUUCAGUUUUUUUUCAAAUAGAACAAGCACAUUCUGAAAAGGUACAAAUCAUAAUGUUUUUUUUUUUUUUACUCUUACAUGUUGCACUUAAUAGUAUUCUAUCUUUAUUUGUCAUUAUUUAUACCUUCUGAAUAAAGGAAAGUAUCUGCAAGACUUAAGUAGUCGCCGUUUGUUUGACAGCAAGCAAAACAACUUAAAAACGACAUAAGUAGUUCCCACACAAACUUCAUGGAAGGGCGAGGCGUUGCAUUGUUGUAGGACAUCCGCUAGUUUACAUUUGUGGUAACAUUGUUUGAGUCAGGGGUGUCAAACUCAUUUUAGAUGGGGGGGGCCACAUGGAGAAAAAUGUACUCCCAAGUGGGCAGGACUGGUAAAAUCACGGUACCAUAACUUCAAAAUAAAGACAACUUCGGAUUGUUUUCAAAUAGAACAAGCACAUUCUGAAAAUGUACAAAUCAUGUGUUUUUUUUUUUUACUUGCAUGUUACGGUUAAUAGUAUUCUAUCUUUAUUUGUCGUUAUUUAUACUUCCUGAAUAAAUGAUGUGAUAAUGUUCAUCAGUCAA